GUGGGAACAAUGCUGCAGGCGCUUGCAGGCAGCGACUCGGUUCGUCCGGCCAACCUUUCCCCUCUGCCGGAGAGCGCUGCGGAAAGUUGCUUCUCUUCCCCCGCACUCCCUGAAAGUGCUUAGGCUAGCGGACUACCGGCAGCAUGAUGACGGCGAGGGAUACUGAUAGCGUGGGAUUCUUCUUGCUUGCCUUGUUGUCUCGAUGCUAAUUCAGAAUGUGGAAAAUAACAGUAAACUUUGGAGUGCUCCUUUUGUGUGUAUCUGCCCCAGAAAAGACUUCUAAUUGCCAUGUCAAUCCUGUUCCCUCUCACCUUGCAACACCCAGUUAAUUGAAGCUUGAGAGAAGUGUUUCUGAUCAUUGGUUCCUGUCAAAUCAAAAGUUGUGUCCUUCAUCCCAAGAAGAAGAUGAAAUUUCCAUUCUAUUGGCCCUUUGUCAAACAGGCACAAUAAUAUUUCCUUCUGGAGACUCUGGGAUACAAACUGUUUUGGGUAUGGCUACUGAUCCCACGUGAUAGAGGUGUGGCACCAACCUUGGGACUCAUGACUGGGUAUACAAUGUUGCGGAAUGGGGGAGUAGGCAAUGGAGGCCAACCUUGGAUGCUACGAUGGUCUAGUCGGAUUCGACUCACUUGGCUUAGCUUCACGUUAUUCAUUAUCCUGGUCUUCUUUCCCCUCAUUGCCCAUUACUACUUAACCACCAUAGACGAUGUAGAUGAUGCUGGCAAACGCAUCUUUGGUCCCCGCAUAGGCAACGAACUUUGUGAGGUGAAGCAUGUUGAGGAUUUAUGUCGAAUUCGAGAGUCAGUGAGUGAAGAGCUGCUCCAGUUGGAAGCUAAGCGGCAGGAGCUGAACAGUGAGAUUGCCAAGCUGAAUCUCAAGAUUGAAGCCUGCAAGAAAAGCAUUGAGAAUGCAAAGCAGGAUCUUCUGCAGCUGAAGAAUGUUAUCAGCCAAACAGAGCAUUCAUAUAAAGAGUUGAUGGCUCAGAACCAGCCCAAGCUUUCACUGCCGAUUCGGUUGCUACCGGACAAAGAUGACUCUAGCUUUCCUUUGCCAAAAUCCAAUAGAAACUGCCGGCUGCAUAAUUGCUUUGACUAUUCACGUUGCCCACUAACCUCUGGUUUCCCAGUAUAUGUCUACAACAGUGACCAGUUCAAUUUUGGGAGCUCAUUAGAUCCUUUAAUUAAGCAAGCCUUUGAAUCCACUGUCAGAACUAACGUGUAUGUUACUGAAAAUGCGAACAUUGCCUGUCUCUACAUUAUCCUAGUAGGGGAAAUGCAGGAACCUGUAAUGCCAAAACCUACUGAAUUAGAGCAACAGUUGCAUGCUCUACCAUAUUGGAGGACAGAUGGACAUAACCAUCUCAUUAUUAACUUAUCCAGGAAGUCGGAAACUCAAAACUUCCUUUUUAAUGUCAGUACGGGGAGAGCCAUGAUCGCCCAGUCCACCUUUUAUGAUGUACAGUAUCGUCCAGGUUUUGACAUUGUAGUAUCUCCUCUUGUCCAUGCCAUGUCUGAACCCAACUUCCUAGAGAUCCCACCCCAGGUGCCAGUGAAGAGAAAAUACUUAUUCAGUUUCCAAGGGGAGAAGGUUGAAUCUCUCCGAUCCAGCUUACAAGAAGUACGAUCAUUUGAGGAAGAAAUUGAAGGAAAUGCACCAGCAGACUAUGAUGAUAGGAUUAUUACCACAUUAAAGGCUGUCCAAGACAGCAAACUGGACUUUGUCUUGGUGGAAUUUACUUGUAAGAACCAGCCAAAGGCAAGUCUGCCCACUGAGUGGGCUCUUUGUGGAGAAAGGGAAGACAGACUAGAGCUACUGAAAUUAUCUACUUUUGCACUGAUAAUCACUCCAGGGGAUACCCAUCUUAUGAUCUCUGCUGGCUGUGCAAUGAGACUGUUUGAGGCUCUAGAAGUUGGUGCUAUUCCAGUCAUUCUUGGAGAGCAAGUCCAACUGCCUUACCAUGAUGUAAUUCGGUGGAAUGAGGCAGCCUUAAUUAUACCAAAGCCACGUAUUACAGAAGUGCACUUUCUUCUAAGGAGCAUUUCUGACAAUGACCUCUUGGCCAUGAGGAGACAGGGCCGCUUCUUAUGGGAAACCUACUUUUCCACUUCAGACAGUGUUUUUAGCACAGUCUUGGCUGUCAUAAGGACUCGAAUCCAAAUUCCAGCUAUUCCCAUUCGAGAGGAAAUGGCGGUGGAGAUCCCUCACCGGUCUGGCAAAGCUGCUGGCACAGAUCCCAAUAUGGCGGACAAUGGGGAUUUAGAUUUGGGGCCAGUAGAAACAGAACCACCUUACUCAUCUCCUAAAUACUUACGCAAUUUUACUCUCACAGCAAUGGAUAUUUACAGAAACUGGAACUCAGCUCCUGGUCCUUUCCACCUCUUUCCUCACACACCCUUUGAUCCUGUUCUACCCUCAGAAGCCAAGUUUCUAGGGUCAGGCACUGGAUUUCGACCUAUUGGUGGUGGAGCUGGUGGCUCUGGGAAGGAGUUCCAAGCUUCAUUGGGUGGCAAUGUUCCCAGGGAGCAGUUUACAGUAGUCAUGUUAACCUAUGAGCGAGAGGAAGUCUUAAUGAACUCCUUAGAGAGACUCAAUGGUCUCCCUUACUUAAAUAAAGUUGUAGUGGUCUGGAAUUCCCCCAAGCUUCCAUCAGAAGAUCUCCUUUGGCCAGACAUUGGUGUUCCAAUUGUGGUUGUACGGACUGAGAAGAAUAGUUUGAAUAAUCGGUUUUUGCCUUGGGAUGAGAUUGAGACAGAAGCCAUUUUGUCCAUUGAUGAUGAUGCCCACCUUCGCCAUGAUGAGAUCAUGUUUGGAUUCCGGGUCUGGAGAGAAGCUAGGGACCGCAUUGUAGGAUUCCCUGGCCGGUACCAUGCAUGGGACAUCCCACACCAGUCCUGGCUCUACAACUCCAAUUACUCCUGUGAACUGUCCAUGGUGUUGACGGGUGCUGCUUUUUUCCACAAAUACUACGCCUACCUGUAUUCUUAUGUGAUGCCACAGGCCAUCCGUGACAUGGUAGAUGAAUAUAUCAACUGUGAGGAUAUUGCCAUGAACUUCCUGGUUUCUCAUAUCACUAGGAAACCACCAAUCAAGGUGACUUCCCGGUGGACUUUCCGUUGCCCUGGCUGUCCUCAGGCGCUCUCUCACGAUGACUCCCAUUUCCACGAGAGGCACAAAUGCAUCAACUUCUUUGUCAAAGUCUAUGGCUACAUGCCCUUGUUGUAUACCCAGUUCCGUGUUGACUCGGUCCUCUUCAAGACCCGGUUACCACACGACAAGACUAAAUGUUUCAAAUUCAUCUAAACCGAAGAUGCGGCUAUGGAUGUCUGGAACUGGCCUAUGGAUAAGGCAGAAAGGUCAACGAACCCCCUUCCCUGGGACAGAUGCCCCUUUCUGUUUAAACUGGGACAAAGCCCCAUCAGAACUGUAUGGCACAGGGCUCCAUUGAAAGAGACAGCUGUGUGUCACUUAUUCAGAAAAAAUAAAAGACUUUCUUUAGAUCCCCAGUAAGUGGUUUCGCCAAGGGCAUAACUGGGGUUUUAAAAAUAUUAGUUAUUAUUUAAAAUGGAAGUGUUUUAGAUAUGCCUUUUAAGGCUUUUUGGGAGGGGGGAGGGAGGGAUUAUUUGAUUUUCUUUUGUUCCCAGCCCUAAUGUUGCUUGGAGGGAUGCAGAGACCGAAGAAAUUCCUGUAAUCCUCGGUGAUCAAGUAAAGCAGUUGGGAAAGUUGGAUUUGGCCACCAGAGGCGUCUUACUGCUUGCUGUCUGGUCCACUGUGCUUCAGAUCUGCUUGGGAUUUCACAGAGGAAAUUAUGAAUUCCCUCCAACAAAAAUCCCAGAUCUCAACUGUUUCCCUUGGUAGCUCCAAGGAACUAAUUGCUGCUGUCAAGCUUUUCCCUUCUUUUCCCUCUCACUGACCCCAUGUAAAGCAAGGUCCUUUCAGAACGCUGCCUGUCCUGCGGGCCUGCUGGUGGAUUAUCGCACAAUAUCAGGGUGACUUCCCAAUCUGUCUGUGUUCCCAAUGGCACACUGCUGCUGCUGCUGCUGCUACUGCCGCCACCUCAGAGGAGAGAUAGCUGGAGCCCCCUUUCCACCUUUCCCUCCCAGAUCUGAUGCUGCUUUCUCUGCCAUUAACAGAGCUCUGUUCUUUUGUCCCCCUGGCCUUGGAAGCUUUGAUUCAGAUCAGAGGUCUUGACUGACAGAUUAUUUAUUGACUCUGUUUUCAUGCCAAGCUUACUCAUGGUUAACUGGACCAUGAUUUAUUCAGUUGACCCAAUUUUCUGGGUUUGUGUGACAUACUGAAACACAGACUAACUGCACAGGCUGAGUUUGGACAACAUGGGAAGCUAAACUGGGGUUGAUUGCUAGUUUGUAUUUCAGUGUGUCAUGUGAAUACAGCCACAAAAUAUGGAGAACUACAUUGCUUGUGAGAGCAGUGCCAACAGAACAGUAUGUUAAAAGAAGCAAAUGUGUUUGCAAGGAGGCUGAUCUGGAAUAUAGAAAAGCGUGGUAUGUUUGUUAAUGUCCUUUGGAUGAGGCCUCCUACAGUAGUGAACCUGCCAUAAUUCUACAUCUACUGCAUGUGCAGAUAUAUCCUUCCCCUUGCCUUCCUUCUGUCUGGUCUCAGGGCCUGUUGUGUUCAAGACAAAAAAGAUGGUUUUGGCUUGCUAAUGGAGUUUAUACUGAUUCCUACCUGUGGGAAUCUGUGAUCAGUUCUGCAGACAUAGGCAUGAACUCAACAGGUCUCUGUAGCCUGGUUUCUUAGCCCCUUACCUCAUCAACUCCCUUUGUCACUUUCACUACAUUCCUAACUGUUGUCAAAACAUCCUGGAGACUUCUUGUUGGCAAAGUGUGUGUGCGUGUGUGUGCGUGUGUCUCGACCUAUGUGUAAACUGCCAUUUCUUGCCACCUUUUUAUUACACUUUUUUCUGCCUAGACUUUUGAUCCCCAAAGAUGCUAAUUUUCAAAGACAUCCAUUCCAGUACACCCUUUCACAAGCUAGGCCACCAGUGGGGUGUGAUAACUGCUGUCAUUUCUAAUCCCUAACCCUAUUUGAGUCUUCACUUCAGCUUUUCCUUUUUAUUCGUGGAAAGAUAAUAAUAAAUUACCAUACUCCUAUAGCAGCUAAAAAAAGUUGGCACCCCUGUAACAGAUUCUUGUGAGGGAAUAUAAUUUCCAUGUGCCUCUCCACCAUGGACCUUUCAGUGAUGCCACAGCUUUCAUAGAGUUGCCCUGCUUAUUUGUAGCUUAGCUGUGUUGAAUGUUAUCAUAUCUGGGCAAUGUUAACUAACCACCUCCUCGUUUCCCCUUUUAACAUUUACUCUAAAUUACAAAUGCUCACAGUUAUCAGUCCUAUAAUAGUCUUAAGGAAUGGCCAAUCCUAAUUAAUUAUAUACUCUCUCUUUUGCAUGAGUACAACACAGAUCUGUCCUUGAUAUAGUAACAGAAUCACGUCUUCAUAGUGCUAAUCAUUCCCCACUGAAGUGGGUACUCCUUAUGUGGCCCUUGCCCCACAUUUAGAUCGCAGUUGUUAUUUAGUGAUGCUGCUGCAUUCAUAGGUAGCUGUAUGGCCACUGAAGAAAAGGCAAAAGGAAAUAUUUCAUCAGUCAUGCUUGGUUUAAGCUGAGUUUGAUUGUCCUGUGGUGACCUCUCUUUCAUACAUUUUAGGUUUGCAUGCUCAUACAAAUGUAAGAGUAUACAGGCCAUUUUUUGGUAUACUCAGUUUAAACUGAAGCCUUCCUGUUAAAAGAAGUUGAUGGUAUUGUCUUAUUCUGACUCUUGCUACUUGUCCAGAAAUGGUCUCCUGGUAAAUAUGUGACUCAUCUGAUCUUCCAGGCUGGGCAAUGCUUACCCAAUUCUUUCAAGGCAUCAGUUUUGAGUUGCGGUUGUUCGUUUGUUUUUUUCUUAAGCUUAAGAGUGUUUACGCUGCAAUAGGAGUCCUUCUGCCUUUGUGCUAUAGUUUGCAGUUAAUCCAAGUUGUCCCCUCAAUAAGUAGGGCUGACCUCAUCUUCCGUUGUGAGCUGUGAUGCUCCCAAACCUCUGUCUCCCAGAUGACCACCAUCAUAUACUUCAAAUAUAUAGGCAAGUGGCAUCUGUUCUUUUUUAAAAUACACACACACACACACGCUCUUUUGGAUAUUUUAAGUAUCUACUGGUGAUGGAUUAUCACUUUAAAUAACAUCCCAAACAUGAAUAUGAAAAGGCUUAGAAUGUUAAAAGGCUUAGAUUGAAUCUUACUCUACUGGUUUCUCUAUUUCAUGCUUGAUCUGCUGGGAGAAUGAACCUAUUGCUUAUUGAAGUCUGGUCAUCCCAUGGCUUUUAACGUAACGUUCUUCCAGUGAAAAUAAUAAGAAAGGAAAGAAGCAAUCAUAGGAAUUGCCCUUUUAUCAGGCCUUUAAGUAAACCAGCAAAUUUCACCAUGCCUUGACCAUGCAUGAUAAGAACUUUCCACCUGAUAGUCUGCUGUAGUCUGUAUGCUUUUUUGUCAAAAUGGUGGCUUUCCUUUCCUUUCCUUUGAGAAGAUGAGACAACAGGAUGACUAGAGAGAGGGAGAACUUCUUGUUUCAUAGCAUUCUGGAAUGCCAACCACUGUAAAUGGCCCUUCCUUCCUUCCUUUCUUCCAACUCUGCCACAGGGGAUCUGUUCAAAAGCUCAGUGAGCAUCAAAUUUUAAAUAGUGGUUUGAAAAAAAUAAAAAGUGGGUGGGAGGGGUCUAAAACCUUGAGCACAAUACUCAUAUGCUGAAUUUUGUAAAAGAAUAAAAUAAACUCAGAGUUUACCUUGAAUGUGUCUGAUUGCCAGCCACCUGCAGUGAAAGAUGAUGAGGGCAAGCAUGGAAGGCCAUGCAGACUAAAGAGGAGUGGCCCUAGGUGCUUGAGUGUCAACAGCUAACCUCUCUGGCACAGAACUGGCCAUGGUGCUGAAUUGAAAAUUAAUUAAAAACACCCCUGAGCCAUUGAAUGUCUUACAUUGCAUUUGCUUGGUUUGUGCAAUUCUUUUAUUAUUACUAUUACAAUGGUGAUGUUGGCUGUGGUGUUAGUGAUAAUGCUAUUUGUGGAAAUGCACAGAUAUAAAAAAUAAAAUAUAAUUUU